UCUACUCACUAACUGGCACCAUCAGGUUCCAUCUUACUUAGGUCAAUCUUUUGAAAUGUGCCAGGCAAUUCCAUUUUGUAGAUGGUUUAGUAUGUGGAUAAUCAUUGUUAAUGAUGAUUCAGCCUUUAGAGAUUAUGUGGGCUCAGCUCUGUCUCUCUUUCUUGCCUCAUGUGAACUAAGGCACCUCAAUUGAAUAGAAGAAAGGGUUCUUCAAUUCGUCAGUGUUGCCACAUGCAGCUGCGAGGUUCUAGAGCUGCCAUCUUGUUAACCUGAUUUUUAUUGUCCCCUCAUUCUCUGUAGCUUAAGUUUUGGGUUUACAGGUAGUUUAACUUAGAAUGAGAGUUUGGUUUAGUUUAUUGAAGUUCUGUGUCAAACCUAUUUCUUUGUUCCCAAUUUAUUGAACCCAUGUGAGAGAACAUACCUGCCUCCUUGAGUUGGCUGAUUCACCAGCGAUGUAUACCUUGAGUAAUUGACAAGCAAAUGUAUAUCAAGCUGACUAACAUUCAGACAUACCAAUAUUUGUUAUUAUCUAGUUCCUAGAUGUAAUGUAUUUGUAGCUCACUGAGUCACAAUUACUUUCACAUUAAUACCCACUGGCGUGGAGUUUGAUAUACUUUUGACAUUUUGAGUUCCAAAAAGCUUGAAAUAGAAGAGCAUCGACCAUCCAACUACCCAUUUAAAGCGAGCAGAAGGUUCUAGCUAAUGGCAUACUGCUUAGUGUGUUGCUGGGCUCAUGAUUGUGGUUUGGCAUUGUGUUAAAAAAGUAGAGAGGGCCCUCCACCGCCUAGAAAAAGAGUGGAGGAAAAGAAAAGAGAGAGAGCAGAAAGGAGCUUCAUGGGAAUCAUGUGGAGUAUCUUCUACUCAACAAACACAUCCCAAUCUCAAAGUUUUGUGCCACAAAUCCUGUAAGAGCUCUCCUUUGAGGGAAUGAAUAUUGAUGGUCAACCCACUUCCCCUUUCCCACAUGGAAUGAUUAGGUAUUGUAAUUUCAAAGGGACAUUGCAUUGCACAGAGCUCUCCAAUGUCAUUUGUGGACAGAAUCAUACAUGCGAAAGCCAGUUUCUUUUCAAUUUUUUAUAGUAUAAGGAAGAGAUGGUGGCUUCCACAGUGAGUGGGGGCUUUUUCACUUUUGGGUUUGGAGGAAUUCCUGUCUGAGAAGUUUUGUUUGUUUGUUUGUUUGUAGCAUAAAAUAGCAGAAUGCAAUGAGAAGGGUUUUGUUCCUGGACAUAGUGGAGGAAAUUCAAUUCAUUAGAAAGAUGACUGAAUUUCAACUUUCAUCAUUAAUCCUAUUGAAAAGGACCAGCAAUAGACACUUGUCCUCAGCAAGUGCCUAUCAAGCAUGUGUCUAUUUCUUGCUGCAUUUUCAUGUCCUUGUUUUCGAGUAGAUAUGACAUUCAUGAUCUUCUUCCCUCAACUAUGAAGACGGGCAUGUUUGGUACGAAGGAAAAAAAAAAUUAAAAAUAGGAUAAGAAUGAAAGAGAAUUAUAAUAUCAUCUUGUAGAAGAGAGAAAUCAAACUCCUGUUAAAAGAAAAUCCAAUCACAUUACUGAUCCCUAGAUGCCCUAUUCUAUUUGAUUCUCUCUGAUAAAAUCCAACACAGCAAUCAAGACAUCAAGUGCUGAUGAACUUGCUGGUCAAGUAUUCUGGAAUAAUGCUAGCUCAUAAAGGUAGCAACGUAGCACAGAAUAUUUUUUAAAAAGCACAUUCUGGAAUGGGUUAAGGAAUCAUAACAUGAUUAUAGGUUUUGGAUUAAAGCUAGAUAGCAUUAGCUUGAUCAUGGCCUACAUUCAAGGAGUGCUUGAUUGAUGAUUAAAGAAGGCACCAUCAUUGUCAUCAAAUUAUCCCCAUGACAAAGCUUUCCCUUUACACUAAUCAAUAGAUUCAAUACUAAUCAUAGAGCUUAAGAUCCCGCGUAGGUUUUCUAAAUAGAUGUGAGGAAAAGCUUUCUAUGAAUUAUGAUAGUCACUCCUAUCUUCUCCCAAACCCUUCUUAUUAGGUAUAGACAAGAUGGGUAGUCCAAAAAAUGGGUCCCCAUGCCAUGUCCCUAGACUUCAAAUUUUUUAAAAAUGCAAGUUGAUUGAAGUAGUUGCACAUUAGUUCAAGAACAUUGACAAAACUUCUAAGUUGACUUACAUGAAUGAAAAUGAAAGCAGGCUAAUUCAGUGCCCGAUUAGAUGCAGCAAUGAAACGACUACACAUUCUUUUUAAUGAAAAAUGACAUUUCAGAAUAACGUGAUAUGUAUUUUUCAUGUGAUAAAGAUUUGGGUAAUUAUUUUUGAAAAUAGUUGUGAAGGUUUUAUAAUUUUAUACAAUUAAAAGACCUUAUUUGAAAGUAUUAUUUUUUAUUAUUAAAAAAUAAUAAAUAAGAUGUACGGAAAAGUGAAUUGUUAAGAGUUAUUUUUGUGGAUAGUUACGUUAUAAAAAAAUAAAAAGAAAAAUAUAAUUCAUUGUAUAAUGUUAUAAAACAAAAGUAUUCAACGAGGAAGCACACCAAAAGAGAGGGAAAAAGUCCAUUUAAAUAAUUUAUUUUUUUCGUUUUUUUAUAAAAGUGUGUGCUUGUUUAAUACAUUAUUGGAAGGGGGUGGUGUAGUGGAAUUAUUAUUUAUAUCAAGGAAAAUUUGGGCGUCACAGGUAUGUGAGGUGUUUUGUCGUCACCGAUGCCUUCAUGCGCUGCACAUUUUCGCCACAAUGAAACAGUUCUGCCUCAAGGCUGUGACUCUAGCACCACCUUUUGAGUGAGUAGCUGUGAAGGUGAUGGGAACGAGCAUUGACUUUGCUCCUCCCUCUUUUUGUGUGUAUAUAAGAAUGCAUUUAUGCAAGCACUCAAUGCACCAAACAGACCCUUCUUCAACCUCGCGUCCUCUCUCUCUCUCUCUCUCUCUCUCUCUGUUUUCAAUCUCCAGGUUCUUUCUUUACUCCGCUCCAUUUUAUCUCCUUUUCAAGUUUUCUCAAUUCUGAUGAAGGUGCUUUUCAUUUGAGUGUAAGCACUUCUUUUAUAUAAGCUGGCUCGUUUCAGUUCUCUUCUUCCUUAGCAACACGUUCAUAAAAUCCUGCACAGCAUGUAACUUUCUCCCAAGUUUUCUUCCCAGAAAUCAAAAUUUGAAAAAAAAAAAAAAAAAAAACCGUAGUUUUAUCUACCCAUAUGUUUUUCUGAGGGUUUCUUAUCUGGGUUAGUGUCACUCACUCUGGCCAAGAUUAGGACGAUUGUGUAGCGACACCUUUAUAAAGACCGUCAAAUCAUGUAACUUCCCUUCAAAUCCCAUCACUCAAUCUCUCCCCUCACCCCCCUCCCCCACCCCCACCCAAGAAAAACCAAAAAAAAAAAACAAAAAAACAAAAAAACAAAAAAUAUUAUCACUUUUGCUUCUCAAUGGCGGAAGCAGAAACUGGUACGCCGACAGCGUCGGCGCCGGCGACGCCUGGAACACCCGGGGGCCCAUUGUUUUCGUCGCUCCGAGUCGAUUCGCUGUCCUACGAUCGUAAGUCAAUGCCGCGAUGCAAGUGCCUGCCGGUUGGGGCCGCCUCGUGGGCUCCAUCUCCUACCUGUUUCACAGAUUUUCCUGCGCCCGACGUCUCUCUCACCCGGAAGCUUGGAGCAGAGUUUGUGGGAACGUUCAUCUUGAUAUUUGCAGCGACGGCGGGACCCAUCGUGAACCAGAAGUACAGUGGGGUGGAGACUCUGAUAGGGAAUGCGGCAUGCGCCGGGCUUGCGGUGAUGAUAGUGAUUCUUUCCACAGGCCAUAUCUCAGGAGCUCACCUCAACCCCUCCCUCACGAUUGCCUUCGCCGCGCUUCGUCACUUCCCGUGGGUGCAAGUUCCGGCCUAUAUCGCAGCACAAGUUUCAGCAUCCAUCUGCGCUUCCUUCGCUCUCAAGGCUGUUUUCCACCCAUUCAUGUCUGGUGGUGUCACCGUCCCUUCGGUCAGCAUUGGGCAGGCCUUCGCCCUUGAGUUCCUUAUCACUUUCAAUCUCUUGUUCGUUGUCACCGCCGUCGCCACGGAUACUCGAGCUGUGGGGGAAUUGGCUGGUAUAGCGGUUGGAGCUACUGUUAUGCUGAACAUUCUUGUGGCAGGGCCGUCGAGUGGUGGUUCGAUGAAUCCAGUGAGGACUCUGGGGCCGGCCGUGGCAGCAGGGAAUUACAGGGCGAUAUGGAUAUAUCUGGUGGCUCCAACGCUGGGGGCGGUGGCGGGGGCAGCUAUCUACACAGCUGUCAAACUCCGAGCGGAUGAGGGUGAGCAACCUCGCCAGGUCAGGAGCUUCCGUCGCUAGGGCUAGGCCCCUCCUCCUACUACUACUAUCUACGUAUUGUAUCAAUUAUUGGUGGUGAGUGUGUUAUAGUAGACGAUAGCUUUCCUAUAAAAGCUUAACAAUAAAAGUGGAAGUGACGCAAAGUCCACGCCCCAUCAGUUUAGCUUGGCUUGUCAAAUAAUGUUGCUUGUCUUAUUGUCUUAGCGGCCACAUCAUUGUGAUGGGGGACGCCGGGACGGUGCUUCUCUCUAAUCUCUAUAGUUCAACCCCCCUCGGAAAAAGACAACGUGUGUUUCUGUGUGUGAUUCUCGUGAUGAUAAUGUUAAUAAAGUAUUGAUUGUGUUUUGGUA